AUGUUCGGCCGCAACAAGAGCAAGUCCUCCGACGACACCCUGGUCAACGACGAAUUCCACCCCUCGAAACAACAGAUCAAACGAGCCACACGAACACGCUUCAUCUGGGCCCUCCUCACCUCCUUCCUCCUCCUCGUCUCCAUCGUCUUCAUCAUCCUCGUUGAGGUCGGCAGCACCAGCCUCGGCUCCAUCCGGACCGACAUCUACUUCAUCAGACUCGAUUUGGCAGACAUCAUACCCGUGCGGGUGCCCAAUGCUGUUCUCAUCAACUCGAUAGCGCAGUCGUUGGGUCUGCAUGACUUCUACACAGUCGGACUAUGGGGGUUCUGCGAAGGGUAUAAUGGGCAGGGCUUCAAUUUCUGCUCGAAGCCAGAGACGCUGUAUUGGUUCAACCCAGUGAAUAUAUUGCAGAAUGAGCUGUUGGCUGGGGCAACGAUCGCUCUACCCGCACAGAUCGACGAUGUCCUCAAUCUCAUCCAUACGGUGUCCAACUGGAUGUUCGCUCUGUUCUUGACUGGAGCAUGCUUGAGCUUCUUCACAAUGUUCAUUGUGCCAGUAUCGGUGUUCUCGCGCUGGGCGACAUUAGCAACCAUGCUGCUCACCUUCUUUUCAGCACUCUUCACGACUGUGGCCACCGUUCUUGCUACGGUGAUGUUCAUCAUCAUGCGGAACGCCAUCACCUCAGUCACCCAGCUCAACAUCGGUGCCAGCAUUGGUGUCGAGAUGUUCGUUUUCAUGUGGAUAGCAGCCGGCGCCGCCAUCCUCGCCUGGAUAAUUCAGCUGGGACAGUGCUGCUGCUGCGCUUCGAGACGAGACGUCCGGACAGGUCGAAAGCGAGGCAGCAAGAAGGCCUACCGAGGCGAAAGCAACGCCGAGAGCAACGGGGAGAGCAGUGGCGAGAUGUCCGAAAAGCAGCCUGGCAGAUUCUCCCGCCUGCGUGGUCGAAAGGAAUGA